GUGUUGUUCGGAGCGGUGACUGUUACAUGGGUUUUUCGACGUUGGAGUGUAAAGGUCUUUAAGAAAAUUAUCACAUGCCGUUACUGUACUCUCGUCUGUAAGCAGAGCGUGUUAUUUGUGAAUGUUAGUAUGAAUGGUAAGGUUGGGAAUGGAGCAGCGGGCGGCAUGCUGGCCUGUAUUGAGGGUCUACCGCCGCUGCCCAAGAGCCUGAGCGGACUGCUCAACUCCAGCGGCGGGUCGUGGAGAGAGAUGGAGAGGAUGUAUGUGAAGAAGACCAUGAUUCAGGAUGACUUGAGCCGAGGACGGAAUAACACGGACAGUCUGCUGGCGAAUAAACCAGCAAACCUGGAUGCCGCCCUGGCUUUGCUGAGAAAAGAGAUGGUGGGCUUGCGGCAGCAGGACAUGUCCCUGCUCUGUCAGCUCUGGUCCCUUCACGAGUCCAUCCAGGAGUACAAAGGCAGCUGCCAGGACCUCUCCGCUGUGUCCAGUGCAGAUGGACCGUAUGGAAUGGAGAACGGCUAUUUCGAUGAAGAUGAGGAAUAUUAUACUGAAUCCGGUAUGACGCCAACCGAAACGCCAGAUGGAAAUGAUACAUCUCCUAAAAACGGGACAUCCAAGGACAGCUGGAUACAUGACUCGUUCCAUAUCACAAUAUAAAAUGCUUGACUUUUUUUUUUUAUCUUUUUUUUUUUGGUUUAUGAAAACAAGCUGUGCCAUAAUUUAGUUUGCUGGCAUCGUUUAGUUUUACAGCAGACUCUUUCUAUAGGAAAUAUAAAUGAGGAUUAUUAUUUAUUGUAUAAUAUAGUAUUUUUUUUUUUUUCCUGAUUUAAUCAACAUCGGAAAUUUUAUAAGAUCAUUUUUAUAAGGGCAGAAGCAUAUCAUUUCAUAAUGAUGUUUACAGUAAAUCAUGCUUAAAUUUAUGUUGGUGAAUUUAAAGACAUUUUGACGCUUCACCCCUCUGGAUUUAUAAAAGUCUUAUUUCUCGCUGAGCAGUCGCUCGCUGGGUGCUUACAGGAAACAGGGGUUUGUUUUUAUUAAAAAUAUCAAUUCUGAAUAUGCUGGAAAUGCUACCUAUUCUUCGCUGACAUAUAAUCCAGGGUAUAACCAACACAAAGAGCUUGUGACAGCAUCACCAAAACAAAACUCAAUGUUCCAGUUUUCUUAUUGUAUUAUGUGUAACUCAUUAUGAACAUAUCUAUAUACUGUGUAAGUAAAUCGAUAACCAGCUCCAUAACAUUUCCUUCCCACCUUAUGUAAACCUAUGCUAGAUCAUGUAUUGUAGAUGUUUUAUUUAUUUCCUUAUAAUUGCUGCUUUGAUUCAGUCUUCCAUUGCACUGAAAUCCCUCUCAGUGCAUAUCAUGGGAGAAUCAUCAUGUGUCUUUUUGCUCAAAUGUCAAGUGACGCACAUGAGGUCACCUGUAUUCAAAAUGUGAGAUAAUAAACUUUGCAAGUACAUAUGGCCAUCAAGCAACCAAAAACAAAAGCAGUGUAUGCAUAUUGUGAAUGUUAUCACAGCAUGCCAUAAUGUAAGCAUUUUCUCGACGUGUUGGUGAAUCGAAUGCCUGGAAUUCAAAAAGUGCAUCAUGAUGGAUCAUCCAAUUCUGACUGAGAACUGACAAUCUUCAGAGAUGUUUCAUCUACAUGAAUAUUAAUAUCAGCAGAGAGAGAAUUUGUUCUACCUCUUGUGUGUUUGAGCUCUGAAAUGUUUUUUCUCGCACCAGCAGACACAAUCACACCGCUUUUUAAAAUUCCCAGCAUUUAUGAUUCAAUUUUAACACUCUUCCAAUUUAUAACCUUCUUAUUUGGUUCAAUUUUUGAGAGAAAAAAAAAAUAAGGAUCUUGUUAUGCAACCACAAGGCUUUAGGUGCUUUGACCAAAAGCAGCACUGAACUUCACACAUCGUGCCUUGACGCACCUCGGCUUUGAAUCCAGGUGUUUUUGCCAUUUUUGGCCCUCUCUUAUCAUAUAAUUUCAUAUCUACAUCCAGCAUCUUCAUGCAUCCAUUUCAGUCCCUCUAAUUAACAGCAGAACGUUCCACCCUGAAAAUGUCUCCUCGCCACCCGCCUCAUUAUCUUCUACCCUGUGGUGAUUUAUUGCUGUGAUCCUGCUAGGAAAUUUCCUCUCGGAUUUCGUAAUUUGCAUAGGAGUCAGUAAAAGUAAUUUUUGGCCCGUUUGAACUCUGUGGUUGGUUGUGAAAUGAUUUCUGCAGUUGUUUUGUAUACAAAGAUGGUACAUUAUUCUGUUAGAUGGCUUUUGUCUGUUUGAUGUUUCUGGUCAGUCCAUGUUCUUGUAUGUUUUGCAAAGUUGUCAGAUGUGUUUGAAUUGAUAAUUGAUACAGGAAUGAUCCAUUUUGUGUGUUUUAUUGUGUGUGUGUUAGCUAUAUAAAAUAAAUAUAAUAAUGUAUGGUC